AUGUGGGCGGAGUUGUAUGGUCUAGAUGAAGAAAUUCUGACCAUUGCCAACCUUCAUGAGCUCACCACCCGAAGUUUAGCUAAUCUUGUUGUCACAAGACAUGAGGGGGAGACAGAUGGCUAUUACGCUGAACACUUUGUCACCCAGCACGACAUGCUUAGAGAGUUGGCGAUCCAUCAGGCGAGUCAAGACCCAAUAGAACAUAGGAAACGACUAUUUUUAAACAUCUGUGGGAACAGACUUCCUAAGUGGUUGACAGAACAAAAGUAUAAAGCGAUCAAGGCUCGACUAUUAUCUAUCUCAACAGAUGGAGCCUUCUCAGCAAAAUGGCCAAACAUGCAAGUACCCGAAGCAGAGGUUCUAGUUCUGAAUUUUGAAACGAAGAACUAUGCCUUACCUGAGUUUGUGGAGAAAAUGGAUAAACUAAAGGUUCUAAUACUAAAUAAUUACGGUUUGUUACCUGCUGAACUAGAUAAUUUUGAACUACUUGGUUCGCUAUCAAAUCUUAAGAGAAUUAGAUUAGAACGUAUUUCAAUUCCUCCCAUAAGCAAGGUCCUUAAACAGUUGAAAAGCUUGCAGAAGAUCUCUCUUUUCAUGUGUGAUAUCGGCCAAGGUUUCGUCAAAAUUUUAGAUGCACUGCCAAAUCUAGUGGAAUUGAACAUUGAUUAUUGCUAUGAUCUGGUGCAACUUCCUGCCAACCUUUGUGACCUUGUUCACCUUAAGAAGCUUAGCAUCACCAACUGUCAUAAGCUAUCUGCCUUGCCUGCAGACAUCGGAAAGCUAGUCAAUCUUGAAGUGUUGAGGCUUAGGUCAUGUGCAGAUUUGUUAGAGUUGCCAGGCUCGAUUAGGAACCUUAAAGUUUUGAAAUUUCUCGACAUAUCUGAUUGCUUUAGCGUAAAGGAGUUGCCAGAGGACAUUGGUGCAAUGUGCAAAAGCAGCAUUGAAGAAAAUGGAUUCAAACGAAGUGCCUGUUUCAAAACUGAAAGGCUGCCUGCUUCUGUUAUGGAACUUAAAGCCAUUGAAGUGAUAUGCGACGAUUUCCUUGAAAACUUUAUGGGAACCCUUUUUGCCAAUUCUCACAAACAUGCGCAAUUAAAGUGA